GUAUCGGUUCGUGCGUUCCAAGGGAGCGGGACACCUGUUCCGGCCGUCUCUCGGACGCGGGAGGGAGGACACAUCUCAGGAGAGGAGUUUUUUUUCCUGCAGCCAUAGUCGCUUUUUUUCUUCCUUCUGUUGAAGCCUUAAGGUAACCAGUCUCGGCGGGCGACGAAGCUAUCUAACUCGGAUGGCAAGGAUGCAGAGCGAUGCUCGAUGUGGGAGUCCCUUGCCGCCGCUGGCGGCAUUGGCAGGCGUGCUGUUGCUCAUCCUCCUCCAGCUUGCCGCCCAUGGCUAUGCAGUUUCUCCUCCUCCUGGCUCCGUGAAGAUCGUCGGCUCCACCUAUAACGGCGAUGGAUGCCCGAACGGCUCCACUGUUAUCGUCGUGUCAGAGGAUGCUCAAGCACUCACAGUCAUGUUCAGCAACUUCACUGCUUCCACGGACCCCCCCAUCAGUAAUCAGCGAAAGCAGUGCACUGUUGGUGUCAAGCUGAGUUAUCCUCAGGGCUUCACUUUCAGUCUCGGCGAUAUCAUCUUGCGCGGUUAUGCGAAGCUGGAUGCAGGCGUUAAGGGCGUCGCGAGGACGACUUAUUACAUCGCUGGUCUAACCGGGACUGGUAAAGCCACUGGCCCGCUUGAAGGGCCGAUGGACGACAACUUCGAGGUUCCGAGUAACUUCGUGUCCCCUGCAAUCAGCCAAUGCAACACGACCCGGGACCUGAACAUCAACUCUGAAGUGAGAGUAGUUCCGGGGCGAUUCGUCCCGAAGAGGAGCGGACUCAUCACCGUGGACUCCACGGAUCUGAAACUUACGCAAAUAUUCUCUUUCUCCUGGCAAGCGUGUUAACCCGAGUUCGGGUUAACGAAGCGUAUUAACCCUAGUUCGGGUUAAGGGCGGGUCACGGCUUUGACCUGGCAAGCGUGUUACCCGAGUUUCGAGUUAGAGGCGGGUCAGGGGUCGUGGCCCUCAUGGGAGGCAGCUUCGGGAGGAGGGAAGGUGGGGGGAGGAGGGAAGUUGGGGUGAGGGGGAAGACGAUUGGAUGACCCGGGGAGACAUGCGUUAGCUAUCGUUCGGAGUAGAGAGUACCCCUGUUGGAAAUGGACACCCAGGGCGGGAGAGGUAGAUAUUUAAUAUGAACUGUCAUGGAAAGCCGCACUGCUAGUAGCAGGUCCUGAUAGGCGGCGAGGAGGACACGUGUCCAUAAUGGGCAGGUAGUCAGCGUAGUUGCAGCCUGAGGGAACAGCUUUGUCUUGCACUCGUCCCCUGCUAACUCCCUACUCGACGCCUUGGGGGAUGGAGACGAAGAGACUUACGAACUGUCAUGGAAAGGCACACUGCUGGUAGCAGGGCCUGAUAUAUAUAUAGACGGCUAGGAGGAGGCCACGUGUCAUCCAUCGGGAGGUAGUUAGCUUAGCUGUUGCCUUCCGGAACCGCAUUAUGUUCAGCUCGUGCAGUGCUAACUACCCCGCUCUUAACACAUCGACUGGUGAAGGACCGGUUAUUGUUGUUAAUUACCCGUCGAGCCCAUACCGCAGCAGCAGCAGCAGCAGCAGCAGUCCGAGAGCUAACAGCAUGCGGGCAAGCUAUUAAGCUGUCAGAUUCAAUGCCAGUGUUCGUCAGGACUGCAAUUCGCAGUGUUGGCACUCAAGAAGUGGUAAUGCCUGACGUUAUAACUUUCUGUGACUGAUAUCCGGAGAUCAGUCACUGUGCUAAUUCUCGGCUGACUAAGUGCUGUCGCUGCGCAGUCUCUGCGGUGCAUACGCGCGGUCAUUGCGCUCACCCUCUGACUGAGUGUGUGCACUGCACUCGCCUGCUCGACCAUUUGAACGGGCUUUUUCACGUCGUUUUUGUUCUCUCGCUUUCUUAACGAGCCUACACUCUCUCAACUUCGGUUUUUAAGAGGAGACUGAGAAAUUGCGUGUCUGUACUCCCCUGGGCAAUCAUAUGAGCUGGCUUUCACUUCGUUUUUCUGUCUGUGUUCCUUGACACGAGCCGACACACUC